CACACGCACACAUCUACACCCCGGCGCUCGGCCGGAACGUCCUAGGAACAAGGAUGCGACAAAGAUAACGCAACGCGCCUCGUUUAGCGAAGAAGAAAAAGAAGCGUUGGUGGAAGAACAAUGAUGGAAGGAUUCACUUUCCCCCCCAGAUCCGCAUACCCAUGGUCCCAUCGUACGCUCCCCCACAUGCAAAACCGUCUUUUCCCCCGUCUCUCUCUUUUCCCUCUUCUUCCUAUUCUGAUUCCCUGGACCGCGGAUCUGCAUGCAGACGUGAACUCCACAACUCCACAAUCUGAAUGGGAAUUGCAGACGGGAGCUUCGCUUUCCGUGCGUGACGCUUGCGCUGUACAUGUAGGCAGGCUAUGCAUGCGGUCUAUGUAUGUGCAUGUAGGGCCACCAAGCGUCGGAUUGUCAGAAUGGAAAAUGUGAAGAACAGGAUGCGCCCGGGUUUGCAGCAGGGUAGAUGACGAGAUGCUGAUCUCUACAACAUGUCCC